GAGGAGGAGGAGGCGGACCAAUCGUGCGACCCCCACAGAUGAGCUCCAGAACGUUUUACAAUGCAGAGCGUUUCUCAGAGCGUAUUUUGCAGCUGUUGACUUGGAGAGCGACGGAUCCGACGUGCGUAAAACACCCGUAAAUGUAGAUCCAGCCACCGCGCCGAGAAGAGAAGAGAGACAGAAGACACUAGAAGGAAGAAGAGAGUCAUCGUUCAUCACAUUGUUCCAACACUCACCGGAGGACUUAACCUGAAAGCUUCGAGAGGAGAGAGAGCGCAUUUGAUAUUCAGACCUUGGUUGGACACAAACGAGCCCAAAAGAAACGACUUGAAUCAUGGAGCCUGCUCAGUCAGAGGUGAACAUCAUAUCCAACGGGAAAAGCCACGACCCCGGGGACGACUCGAGUGUGCCAAUGAAGUCAUUUCUCGAGGAGGAUCAAAAUGGCACUCAAACAGUCAGAUUUGAUGAUCCUGACGUAGGUCUGGAAAAUGAAGAGUUUCUGCCCAGUGCUAAUGGAAAGAAACCCCAGCGCUUCACAGACUUUGAAGGAAAGACCUCCUUUGGCAUGUCCGUCUUCAACCUGGGCAAUGCGAUCAUGGGCAGUGGAAUCCUGGGAUUGGCCUACGCCAUGGCCAACACUGGCAUACUCCUCUUCUUGUUUCUUCUGACUGCAGUAGCAGGGUUGUCAUCUUACUCCAUUCAUCUGCUGCUCAAAUCCUCGGGCAUUGUGGGGAUUCGAGCUUAUGAAGAGCUGGGCUACAGAGCCUUCGGCACUCCUGGAAAAAUGGCCGCUGGUAUUGCAAUUACCCUGCAGAAUAUUGGAGCCAUGUCCAGCUACCUGUACAUCGUCAAAUCGGAGCUACCGCUGGUCAUCCAAACGUUCCUGAAGGCCGACCCCAGCUCUGAUUUGUGGUACAUGAAUGGAAACUACCUGGUGAUCAUGGUCUCUGCCAGUAUCAUCCUGCCCCUGGCUUUAAUGAAGCAACUCGGUUACCUUGGCUACACCAGUGGAUUUUCUCUCAGCUGUAUGGUGUUCUUUCUCACUGCGGUUAUCUAUAAGAAGUUUCAGAUUCCCUGCCCGUUCGAGGAGUACUCAGCCAACAGCACUGCUGCCCACCUCACCAUGAACGUCUCAAGCCAUGGCCACGAGUACACCAAUGGUGUUGUUCACGCAGACGAUGACGACGCCCACUGCUCCCCACGCAUGCUCACCAUGAACUCUCAGACGGCAUACACCAUUCCCAUCUUGGCUUUCGCCUUUGUGUGCCACCCUGAGGUUCUGCCAAUUUACACCGAGCUCCAAAAUCCAACAAAGAAGAGGAUGCAGAAGGUGUCCAACAUCUCCAUCUUAGUCAUGUACACCAUGUACUUUCUAGCAGCUCUCUUUGGCUACCUGACCUUUUAUGGCAAAGUGGAGCCAGAACUGCUGCACACCUACAGCCGCAUCGAUCCGUACGACACUUUGAUCCUGUGUGUGCGCGUGGCCGUCCUCACUGCCGUCACCCUGACCGUCCCCAUUGUGUUGUUCCCUGUGCGUAGAGCCAUCCAGCAUAUGCUGUUCCCCACCAAGGCUUUCAACUGGCUGCGUCACACUGCCAUCGCUGUCGUUCUGCUCACCUUGAUCAACAUGCUGGUGAUAUUUGCCCCAAACAUUCUGGGCAUCUUCGGCUUCAUUGGUGCCACGUCGGCUCCAUGCCUCAUUUUCAUCUUCCCCGCCGUUUUCUACAUCCGCAUCGUCCCCAAAGAAGACGAACCCAUGAACUCCGUUCCCAAGAUACUGGCUUCCUGCUUUGCUGCUCUGGGUGUCCUCUUCAUGGUUAUGAGUCUGAGCUUCAUAAUCACCGACUGGACGAUGGGGAGCAGCCAUGCCGCAGGAGGCCACUAGGGGCUGCUUCAGUGUGUGUGUGUGGGCUCAGCAAACGGGGGUUAAAAGAGCUGGUCAAUGUAAAAACAAAGCACUAUCACCUCAGUGGGGACACACUAAAGUGCUGGCCAGCACACAGCCGGGGGUUUGUAACAAUAGACAAACGUACAGUAUCGAAAGUGGGUUGGAAUCACAUUUGGAUUGACCAAGUUGAAUUAACCCUUUGACACUUAUCCGAACAAAAUCCUCUCAUAACAUUGUUCAGUAAUUCAAUUUAACGCAGUGCAAUGGUGAUAAUGCAAUUUAUAUGAAUAAUCAGGAACAAACAGGGUCUAUCAGUUUGUUUUAACCGUCAUCUGUUUGCAUGACAAAGCCCUCGAUGGAGAAAUGGUCCUUUCCUGUUGCUUCCUCUUUAUUUACACACAAACGGCCGCAGCGAGUACUGUAUAGAAGAAAGUUGCUAUGAUUGUGUUUGGGGCUGGAGACAGGAAGGCGUCGAGAUGCACACAACAGAUGAUUAAAUAACUCGCAAGUUAUUUUAACAGAAAAGUAUUUUUUACAAGAUGCACAAAACGGGACUCACCCUGAACCAUUAGCACUCUGAACUUUAAUGUAACACAACAAGUGCUUUAAAGCCUUAAAGUGGGGGCGACAUUUUAUUUUCAUGAUCUGUCAAAUCCCAGAGUUCUUCUUCUUCUUAUCAUUAUAAUUAUACAGUUUAAACUUUUAUUUCUAAUUAAUAUAUCAGCAGUAUUUUUAACCAACACAGAUGCCUUUCAAUCUUUGGGACAAUACAGUAAAAACAGAAAUGUAUAUUUAUUUAGCUUCCGUCAGUGUUUUUAAUUUCAGAUAUUUAACUACUGUAUAUGAUGAAGUUAAUUUUGUUUUAGCUAACAGCUCAGUAUAUAGUUAAUGGUAGGGUGUUACAGGCUGACGAUACUUGUUACAAUAUGAAUAGAUUGAUUUGAGAAUCCUUUAUAAAUUUAUUUUUUUUAGCACAUAUGCCAAACUGUGACAUUAAAUAUAAACCAAGUACAGUUCAAGUUUACCCCGACAGUUCACUUUUCAUUCUAACUCAUGAGCCUAUUUUAUUCUUGAUUAUAUUCACCUUUAUAUUCCGAUUAAGUCCUUAGCCCUACAUUCAGAAUACGAUAUCCUGAUAAGUGCUUCAUAUUGUGUAUCUACACGUUCCAAUACAUUGUGAAAAGUUUAUGAUAUAAAAUAUGGUUGUUUUUUUAAUCCUUGACCCCACCUUAAAUCAAACUCUGUGGGUUUGUACCAUGCCUGGCCAAGCAACAUGAAUUUAUCAAAAUAAACCCACUGGUGGGUCUAGUAGAGUUCAUCAAGCUGAUUUAUUUUUUUAAUUUGAAGAUGUAUUGAUCUGUUGUAGUUCUGCCUUGACGUUUUUGCUGUACUGGUUUGUAGUAUUUUGAUUUGUUUUCACACUUAGACUUGAAGUUAAAGUUUUGCAUGUUGUAAUGUCCAGUCCGUCCUCUAGUUGAUACAGUGAGCUACACAGUGAGUGAUUUUCCGUCCCACGUUGUCAUAGUUGUUAUUGUAAUACUGUACAAUUGGCAUCUUAAAGUGAAGUGGAUUGGAGUCCCAAUCUGUGCUAGAGUUACCAUAGUGUUAUAUUAGUCUUUUGAGGCCCUUCUUAAUUGCAAUGUUUAAACAUUACUGUUGUGAUGUUCAGUCAGCGAUGACACUUUCAGUUCAAGGUGGAUUUAGGGAUGUGGACGAUCACUUCCAGAUGGACAAAUUGGGGUUUCACUUUUUACAGAAUACAUAUUAUAGAAUGGAAAUAUAUAUAUACACAAAUUAAUAUCCUGGGUCUUCCCCGAGGUCUCGGUGUUGAGAUUAUAUCUCAACACUGGCCUGGGAACGCCUCGGGAUCCCCCCGUCAGAGUUGGUCAAUGUGGCCCGGGAAAGGGAAGUCUGGGGCCCCCUGCUUGAGCUGCUCCCCCCGCGACCCGACCCCGGAUAAGCGGACGAAGAUGAGAUGAGACAAAUUAAUAUGUUAACAAAACAAUGCAACAUUUUGAGCUUUUGAACUCAGAGAAAUGACAAAUACUUGGUGCUUGUAGCCAAAGAUGGUUUUAUAUUGUAACACAUGGCUUUCAAGCUUCAGAAAAGUCCAGUGUAAAUCAUCACUUCUCUCGUUUUAUUUAUGUAUCCUUCUAUGCUUUGUGUUGUUUUUGUUUAAGGAUUUCUGAUUCCCGAUUGAGGUAUUUUUUAACGGACAAGUUUUGAACAACAGUAGGAGAAAUAUUUAGUGCACGUAUCAGCCUCGGUCCCCGCUUUUCCAUGUGUAUUUUCCGUGGCUGCUGUGGUGUAAGCUACAUGAAGGGUUACUUUUGUCAUGUUUAGUUAUUUCUUCACUGUACGUGAUCAUGCCAAAAUAACAACUGACUACCUACUGCUUUGAAAUGCCUUUAACUUUGGAACAGGUCCCACAGUUUAAAUAACAGACACUAUAUCAAAUAUCCAUUUUUCCUGUAAUCAGAUCUCUGUGCUAUUUUAUUAUAGUCUAACUGUUAUUCGAGAUGUAAAUCCAUGAAAUGACAAAACUAUAAGUAAAUACUAAGAUAUAUGGAAUUCUGGUGAAUAAGAUGUGGCUUGAUAUGAAUGAUGUACAUAAAUCUAAACCUUUUAUAUUUGUGAUGCAUAUUUACAGUAGCUUGUAAAGUGUAAAUAGAAGGGACAGUUUUAGUUUGGCAAUAAAAUAAUUGUAGAUGUUUUAA